UUAUUUCAAAUUAAAAAUAUUGUAAAUCUUCAUCAUUCAACAAAAAAUUCUAAAUUUUUUGCAGAAAAACAUCAAAAAAUUAGUUUUUUAAAUACCUAAUACUUCAAACAUUUUCGCGAUGACUACAACCAAUAAUGUUUUAUCUAAAGUGGCUGAUAUCCCCAUUUUGAGACCUGGAUUUGAUGCACUGAAUAUGACAGCCCCGCUGAUCGUGCAAAUGAACUCUGAAGGAAAAUGGGAGAAUACAAGGCCUGCAAACAUGGAUGAAGAACGUCUUAAACAAGUUAUUCAACAUUUAGUCAAGUCUGACGCAAUUUCUGCUGCUCAGAGCUAUUGCUGUCAAUGUGCUGCGGAAAACCAGUUACCAAAGACCAGUCCACAAUACAUACCUGUGGUUAUGAUGCCGAUAUAUUCUGCUGAUAAAUGCCCCUUUGACAUGGAUUGUGAAGUUGAAAAGAUAAAAGAAGCAGAGAAGAGUAAAACAAAGAAACCAAGCAAGAAGAACAAAUCAGAAGUUGAGGCGAAGGAAGAGAAAGAGAAGGAUAAAAUUAAGCGCACAAAAAAGCGUGGUUUUGUUAUGCAACGUCUUACAGACUUCGAUUUAUUAUCGCAAUGGUGAUACUAAAUAAAACGCCUUUGAAAAAAAUAGUAAAGUUUUGUAAAGUUUAUUACUGUUUAAUAUUACAUAAAUAGCGCUGAA